AUGGAUGGCAGCACACUUACUGGAGAUUGUGACGUGUACAGUGAUCAGGAGAUAGUAGAUUACGUACUUAACCGCCACACUGAUUCCAACGUUGAUUUGAAGACUAAUAUAAGUAAAAAAAUUGUGAUAACUGAAUGCACAAGCACCGGAAAGAAUCAAUGGGAACAACAAUCCCAUCCAUACAUCUGUGGGUGGUUCGUUUUAUGUAUGAAUGACAUUGGAAUCGAGAGUCAAUGUCCAGAAAACCUCCUUUUUAAUCCAGAUAUUGGGCUAUGCGAUUUGUCUGAGAAUGUAAAUUGUGACGACAUAACAACCACAACAGCUCCGGAAGAUCCUACAACCGAUACAACAUUGAUUGAGACUACCGAAACAACUGCUAGUGACGAUUUCACAACCGAUACUUCGGUUGAAACUACAACUGAAAAUGUCACCACUGUUGAAACUACAACUGAGAAUGAUACUACGAUUGAUAAUACAACUAAAGAUGAUCCAACGGUUGAUACUACAACUGAAGAUUAUACCACGAUUGAUACUACAACUGAAGAUGCUACCACGGUUGUUACUACAACUGAGAAUGAUACUACAGUUGAUACUACAACUGAAGAUGGUGUUAUUACUACAACUGAGAAUGAUACUACGGUUGAAACUACAACUAAUGAUGAUACCACGGUUGAAAUUACUACUAAAGAUGAUACCACGGUUAUUACUACAACUGAGAAUGAUACUACGGUUGAUACUACAACUGAGAAUAAUACUACGGUUGAAACUACAACUAAUGAUGAUACCACCACUGAUAAUACAACUGAUGAUGAUACUACGGCAACUACCGAUCAGGAAGAAACCACCACAGAUUCAAAUCUCAGUCCUGAAACGACGACGGAUCAAUUGGAAACAACAAGCAUAGACAACGAGGUGACAACAGAGGAAAUCAAUACUACCGUGGAAGAUGAAACUACUGAAGGGGCUACAGAAUCAGAUUGUGAACCUUUGUGUGCAGACCUUCUAGCUUCAGGUGGUGAAAUUGCCGAUCCUAGUAAUUGCGGUAGAUUUAUUAGCUGCACUGACCAGUGCAGCGGUGGUACCAUGUUUUGCCCAUCUAAUUUGCAUUUCAAUCACAUUAUGUCUGUAUGUGACCUACCAGAACGGGCUGAGUGUUUGUUGGAAGUAUGUGUCGGCAUACCGACCGGAGUCAUCCCCAGUGUAAACAGCUGCCGACACUACUACGGGUGCAUGAACUCGAACGCCAUCCUCCAAAGUUGUGGACCUGGACUGGUGUUCGAUCCUGUGAAGAAAUUAUGUGUAACAGAAGAUGCUGACAAUCCAUGUGUAUUCCCGGAUAUCCCCGCACCGCCACCAGAAGUUUAUUCGCAAUGCACUCCAACCGUUGUCGAACAACAGCUUCGUCAUCCCACUCGUUGUGACGUGUUUUAUCGAUGCGUACGAGGCAUGCUGUCUGGCCGAAUAUGCCUCGAUGGCUUGUUAUUUGACGAAUCGCUAGGAAAGUGCAAUCUAGCGGAACUAGUUGAUUGUGUCGACGAAACUGAGCAGCAGUGAAGAUAUUCAGUGGAAAAAUCUCAAAAUGUGGAAAGUCAUUCGAAACGCAAGGCAGUUC